ACAAGAUCGAGGCCCUACGAGUAUGGCCCGAGCCCACCAACACCACGGACGUUCGUUCAUUCAUGGGAUUGGCGGGCUACUAUCAUCGAUUCAUCACCGGAUACUCGAGGAUUGUUGCACCUAUGACGAGAUUACAAUCGCCAAAGGUACCAUUCGUAUUCGAUGACGACGCACGCCGGUCAUUCCAAGCACUUAAGACGGCUAUGCUCAUGGCACCCGUCCUUAGCAUCUAUGACCCCACCCUGCCGACGAGAGUGACUACAAACGCUUCCGGCUAUGGCAUUGGGGCAGUCUUGGAACAGCAAGACGGCGACGACUGGCACCCUGUGGAGUAUUUCAGCCACAAAGUGCCUCCCAUCAACUCGCUUGAUGAUGCAAGGAAGAAGGAGCUGCUCGCAUUCGUGAUGGCUCUCAAGCGUUGGCGGCACUUCCUCCUUGGGCGACGUAGGUUCACAUGGGUCACAGACAACAAUCCAUUGACCUACUACAAGACGCAGGAUACGGUGAGCAGCACGAUCAGAUGGAUGUACUUCAUCGACCAAUUUGACUUCACAUCGAAACAUCUUCCCGGCCUCUCCAAUCGCGCAGCAGAUGCACUCUCGCGAAGACCUGAUCUUUGCGCUAUGACACAUCAUGCCUUCGCAUUCGACGAGGAGCUCCAGCGACACUUCAUCAGGGGCUAUGAGUCCGAUCCAGAUCUCGCCAUGCUAUAUGCGCAGCUAUCUUCGGAUCACCUGCCGGCCAGCCACUAUCGCAUCGCCGAUGGGUACUUGCUCCUGCACUCGCGGGGCAAGGACUUACUAUGUGUCCCACGCGACCGCUGUCUUGGGACUUGCCUCCUCGGCGAGUAUCAUGAUUCGCGACUCGCCGGCCAUUUCGGAGUCAACCGCACUAUUGCACGACUUCGACAGCGAUUCCGAUGGCCCAACCUCAUCACCGAUGUCACGAGGUAUUGCGACUCUUGCGAAGUUUGCCGACGAAGCAAACCCCGCAACCGCAACCCCUACUGCGAGCUGCGCCCGAUGCCGAUCCCGCAGGAACCCGGUCUCUCCAUUGCCAUGGAUGUCACCGGACCAUUCCCCCGCGACCGCCUCGGACACGACGACAUCCUCACGGUCGUGGACCGAUUGAGUAAGUAUGCGCGUUUUCUCCCUUGCAAGUACUACUCCACGGCUCCCGAGCUGGCACGCCUCCUGCACACCGGCUGGAUUUGCGGCCAUGGUGUACCGGAAGACAUAGUCAGCGACCGCGACACUCGCUUCAUGUCAGCAUUUUGGACUGCACUCAUGCAGGAGUCCGGCACGAAGAUGAAGCCAAGUUCGGCUCGGCAUCCACAGACAGACGGGCAGACGGAGCUGGCACAUCAAACCGCUCAAAUGAUGCUUCGUACGCUCAUCCGUCCGGACCAGAAAGAUUGGGUUGACCGCCUCCCCGACAUCGAGUUCGCCUACAACACUUCGGUGCACCCGGCGAUCGUCGUGACUUCAUUCGAGUUGCACCACGGUGGACGGAAAGGCCGUAUCUUCGCCGACCCUCUCCUCCCACGACCAGCCGACAUCGAUGCUGCUUGCUCUCCCGCUUCCAUCCGGAAGUACAGGGAAUUGCUGGCUCAAGCCCGCGCGAAUAUGCAAAAGGCUCAAGCCAACAGGCAUCGCGUGCCAUGUCCCAUCCGCGCCGGCGACCUGGUUUGGGUUUCCGCGGAAGAAUUUGCACUGGAACAGGAUGUCUCACGCAAACUGCUUCCCAAGUGGUUUGGACCAUGGCCCGUAACAUCAGCCGCGGGCAAUGAGCCCGAUGGCCCUUCAUUUGCGAUCAAAAUCCCCCCUCAUUUGACGGUCCACCCAGUCUUUCACGCCUCAAAGCUGGCAACAUACACGCCAGCUAAGAGCGACGACUUUCAGGGCCGACGGUCGCAGGACCCUCCUUCUAUGGAUGGUCAUCAGGAAGUUGACCGCGUCAUCACCGAUCGCAAGUACGGCAGCAAGCCGCGACAGUACAAAGUUACAUUCAAAGCCUGCGAUCGCGACGACACUCGGUGGAUUUCAGGAGCAGAUUUGAAAGCAUCCGCACCGCUGAUCUACGCGCAUUAUGAGAAGCAAAGGUUAGCUCAUGAAGCUUCACGACCGGCCCCUCCCACCCGGACUGUGGUCCCUCCCUCAGACAGACAGCUUCGCCCUCGCAGGUAAGCUCGGUCUUUCAAGGAGGGGGGGGUGUGGCAUACUGCGUAGCCACACGGGCCCUGCAGGGCCCGUCCCGCACUUUCAGCCUAGAAGCC